GUGCAGCGCAUUGCCAAAGACGCAACCGAUUUCGAUGCUCCGUUUCGAGUCUCAUCGGCGAGCUGUACUCGGGCUACGAAUCCCUCGUCAACGCCAUGCUGGACUACCCUCAGUCCAGCUCGCUUGUGCCCGAAGGCGCCAAGGGCUCCUACCGCAUCUCUUACGGAUCCGACUCGGCUCCCUCGCCCUCGCUGGACUUUGCCGACCUCAAAUCCAGUGUCGACUGGCUUCGAAACAGCAACGUCGAACUCCACGUCGUUCCACGGGGCGAGGCUCUGGAGCCCAAGGCGACAGCUCUUGAAGACGCCGUAUGCAAGGGUGACGUUGUCAUUUACGUGACCGAUAACCACCACCAACUUGCCACGCAGUCCGAGGUUGACUUUUUCAAGCAGGUCUACGCCAGCGGCAGGCCUAAUGUGGUCUUGGCCGUCAACCAAGCCACCGAUCUCAGCGACGAGCAGACCAAACUGGUCGAGGAGCGUGUGAGCGCUCGGCUGGCUGCUGUUCGCCAGUUGGCAGGCUCUAAGGUCUCAAAUGAGAGUGUCCAGGUUCUCGUCACCUCUGCCCAGCAGGCCCGCCGAGGUCAAGAGCUUGGCUCCGGGGUGGGCGAGCUCCGAACGACGGUUCUGAGCUUCCUCAACAGUGCGGGUCUUGAGCGAGCUCGUCAGCAAAAGACAAGCUACCUCACCAGCCAAGCACUUGCGCGCCUUGAGCACGACCAGACGCAAGCGCUGGACCUACUGAAGCAGUCCGAGGAACAGAUCCAGGCCCUCGUCAAGACCAUCACCAGCACCGAGGCCCGCAUUCACUCCGAGUUUAAGAUCCGCGAUCUGAUUGCAGUGGAUCAAAGUCUGGCACUUCUGACCACGAGCCUGCGCUCGUACUUUGACCAAGUCAAGUACUGGAAGCUCUUUUGGCGAUCGGACUUUUUGGCAUCCGAUUUGCAGCAUCGUAUGCGCGAAUGCUCCUUGAACGAGGCCGAGAACAGGAUGAUCUAUUCGAUCGGCAAGCUCAAUCAGGGCCUGGUUGGCCUCUACGACCAAGUGCAGCAGCAGCUCGAAAUCUUGAGCAGCCCCACCAGCCCUCUCGCCCAGCAUCCCAUCACCCGCGAGCUCCAGCAGGACAUCCAGAGAAUCCUUGAGAUUGUCGAAAAGCAGAGACCGCCUGUAAAUGAGGUCGAUCCCAUGAAGCUCCGCAACCAAGUCGCCGCUUUUGAUGAGUCAAAGCAGGGCGAUGAGCUCCAGAAUGUUGCGAACCGGCUCGUACGCACGAGCGUCGGAGUGCAACUGGCUGUCUUGUCGCUCGGCCUUCUCUUUACCCAUCUAGGUGUUCCGUGGGCCAUCUCUAUUCCCAGCACGAUCCUUGCGUCUGGUCUCGGCUUUGGAUGGAUGGGCCUUCGCUGGACCAGCAUGACCGAUCGCUUUAUCUCACGAAUUGGAGGUGCCCAGAAGACCUUGAAGGAGAAGCUAGCGGCAACCUAUGAGGAGGACUUUACUCGGGUCGCUGGGAAGCCGCUGCGGGAUCUGAUCAAGCUCUUCAACGAGGCCUCGAGUCUGCGCACCAAAAAAGCCACCGACCGUCUGCAGCAGAUCCGGGAUGCACAAAGGUCGAUCGAGCAGCUGAAGAAGCUUCAGUAGCCAGGCCAUGUCAAAGACGAACACAAGCAAUUGCAGACGCCGGGACCGACACCCAUGACCCUCCCAGCAGAGGAG